CGUUCUGUCUGCUGUGGCUAGGUGGACUUGGUCUGGCCCGCAUUCAGACUGGGUUGAUCCGGACAGGAAGACUCGUCAUGCUCCGUACCGUGCUUUCCCGGGGUGUCACCAGCCUGAUCCGACCCUCAGUCUGCUACUAUGGGACCGCUGUUCCGGUUCCGAGCGCUCAGCCUGAGGUCCAUUUCAACAAGCUGUUUAUUAAUAACGAAUGGCAGGAAGCUGUGAGUGGGAAAACGUUUCCAACGAUCAAUCCAUCCACUGGAGAAAUCAUCUGCCAGGUUGCAGAGGCUGAUAAGGCAGAUGUAGAUAAGGCAGUGAAGGCUGCACGUAACGCCUUUAGGCUGGGCUCACCUUGGCGCCGUAUGGAUGCAUCUGAUCGGGGCAGGCUUCUUUACAAAUUAGCCGACGCUAUUGAAAGAGAUUCUGCCUACCUCGCUGAACUGGAGACCUUGGACAACGGGAAGCCGUAUGUCAUCGCCUAUAUGGCUGAUUUACCCUUGGUUGUGAAAUGUCUCCGGUACUAUGCAGGUUGGGCAGACAAAUGGGAGGGGAAGACCAUCCCUGUUGAUGGCGAUUACUUCACCUAUACCAGACAUGAACCUGUUGGAGUCUGUGGACAGAUAAUACCUUGGAACUUCCCUCUGGUGAUGCAGGCCUGGAAACUUGGGCCAGCCUUAGCAACUGGUAAUACUGUUGUGAUGAAAGUAGCUGAGCAAACACCACUCACAGCACUCUAUGUGGCCAGUCUUAUUAAAGAGGUUGGAUUUCCUGAAGGCGUGGUCAAUAUCUUGCCUGGAAUGGGACCAACAGCUGGUGCAGCCAUUGCCAACCACAUGGAUGUUGACAAGGUGGCCUUUACUGGGUCCACAGAGGUGGGUCAUCUGAUCCAACAGGCAGCAGGCAGCAGUAACUUGAAGAAAGUUACAUUGGAACUGGGAGGAAAGAGUCCAAAUAUCAUUCUGUCUGAUGCCAACUUGGAAAAUGCUGUGGAGCAGUCCCACGUUGGCCUGUUUUUCAAUCAAGGCCAGUGUUGCUGUGCUGGCUCUCGAGUUUUCGUCCAAUCAGAUGUCUACGAUGAGUUUGUGGAGCGCAGUGUGGCACGUGCUGAAAAGAGAGUGGUGGGAGACCCGUUUGACUUCAAGACUGAGCAGGGCCCUCAGGUAGAUCAGGAGCAGUUCAACAAGAUUCUGGGCUACAUCAGCAGUGGGAAGAGAGAAGGUGCCAAGCUGAUGUGUGGAGGAGGAGUGGCAGCAGACAGAGGUUACUUCAUCCAGCCUACAGUGUUUGGAGAUGUCCAGGACAACAUGAUCAUUGCCAGGGAGGAGAUUUUUGGUCCAGUGAUGCAGAUCUUUAAAUUUAAAACAUUGGAGGAGGUUAUAACCAGAGCCAACGACACCAAAUAUGGACUUGCAGCUUCAGUUUUCACAACUGACAUUGACAAAGCGAACUAUGUGUCCAGUGGGCUCCGGGCUGGCACAGUGUGGAUAAACUGUUACAACGUGUUUGCUUCCCAGGCUCCAUUUGGAGGCUACAAAGCCUCAGGUAAUGGCAGAGAGUUGGGAGAGUAUGGACUGGAAGCCUACACAGAAGUGAAAACGGUGACAGUCAAGGUGCCACAGAAGACUUCUUAAACAUUUUCCUGGAAACCUGAGGCCUGCUGAGAGGAAAAGUUCAACCGUGACUUUUGGACUGCUUUGGAUUAUUCUCCUUUCUAAUAAAUAUUUACACAGAAAGGAAAUAAAAACUUGUUAAGGUUAACACCUGUUGAUUUAACAUAGACAGAAAAGACAAACAGAGUCAGUAUUCUUGCUACUCGCGAGGAGAACGAACAGAGAUGUGCUUCAGUAACAAUCUCCUACCGCUCUAAAGCACAUUUGUACGCCCCACGCUUUUUAUUGUUUUAGGAUCCCUAAUCACAAGGACGCUGUAGCUCUAAAGGGAGGGGAAACAAUUCAUCACACAGCUACAGCGCUAAUUGUCAUUUACUAACUAAUACACAAAUGAUCCUGGACUAGAUAAUCUCGUUCCUAACACAAAGUCUAGCAGAAUAUACAUGUGAUUCUUCACAGUGACAGUUUUAUAGCAUUCCAGCAACUCAGCGAAGCAGAACUCUUCACCAAGAGAUGACCUGUGUCUGCUCUCCAUCAGAGAGGCCUUCUGAGAAAGAAAUCAGAGCAAAUCAACAAUAUAGAAACAUUCUAAAUCCUAUGAUAUUAAACAAAAGAAAGAUAAUACUAUAAGGGUACAUGAGAAUAACGAAUAUUUGAUUAACAUAUCAUAAUUUCUCUAACAAAACUGUACAACAUCUUUUUCUCUCUUCUAGUAAAAAUGCAUAUCUUGUUGCUAAGCUCUACAAUUCAUGACUGAAGCAUUACAACAGAUGAGUUAUGAUAAAAUUACAAAGCCUAUAAUCAGAGAAGCUAACUGUAAUUCAGAUUUGGUAAUGAAUAACAUUCUGCUUCUCUUUGCUUGGUAAAUGUUUAUUGUGAAAGCAAUUGAGUGAAGUGCAACUUCCCCAUGAUGUCCGUACGCAUGUCAUUUUCAGAUUGCUUAUGUAACAAGUGGUACCACCAGGAUUGCCAAGAAGCCCAACUGAGACAGAUUGGUGAAUGUGUACUUAAGAGAUAGAUUCUUUAGGAAUAAUUUUUGCUGAGUUACCCUUUGUUGUGACAUAAUGAAUGCAUAAGAUCAAAUAGUCAGUGACACCAGGUGAGGAAGGACUUCAGCAGCCUUCAAAUGUCCCUUGCCAGAAAAUGCAUGCCCUGCAGUGUGGAAAUAUUUGAUGGUAAUGUGUUAGAUGAAAUUUUCUACCUGACAUAUCCUCUGAGCAAUUGGUAUACUUUUAUAUUUGAAUGACGCCUUUCGAACUGAAAAACGGGACAUGCAAAUAUUGGCAGGUGAAUAACUUGCUUUGCCAAAAAAUGCAUCCCCCUGCUAACUUGGAGAAAUAAAGAGUUAAGAAUGAAAUAACUUUUCCUACAUAAUCACAUAUACGUUUGAUAUCAAUGGGAAAAUAGACAGGAGAUGCAGAUAAUGGCAGACGCAGAAAUUAAAAUGUAUUCUCUCCUGUAGUAAUAUACUGGACAGUUAAUGGUGAUAGAAAAUGUUCUACAUGUUUUCUCAUCUGUUAAGCUUUAUGGUGUUAAAAGAAAAAGCGGGGAAGAUCAGAGACUAAAAAGUUCGACUCAUCUGUCUCAAUAAAGUUAUCAAAACCA